UCGAGAUGGAGAUCAUAAAUCCUGUCUAUGUUUUUAAUUGUAUGUGAACAGUGGUGUCAGCAGUCAGGUGUGUGAUUCCUUUCCCAUGUAAAAGAAUUGUUAUACUAUUAUAUUAAUUAGUUAUUGACAAUAACUGAACAAUUUAGUGUAAUACAAGAACUGGAUUACAUUGAAUCAAAAUAAAAAUAGUUUUCAUUGUGUUUUGCGAUCAUCUUGUGAGAAAAAUGAAAACAUUUACGAUAGCCAUCUGGGACAGCAGUUGGUGAAUAAUGUGAAACAAUACAUAAAAUUUCACAAUCUUAAUUAGAAAGGAGCAGACAUCUCAGGAUGGGUGAUUGCUGCUGCAAGAGCCGUGCUCCAGAUGUCUUUGUGUAUGCAGCGCCUGGCUCUGCACGGAGUUCAACUUCAUCUGAACAUCGGCAGAGGGCGGCCAGAGUCGAUCCCAAUCUGGUGAAUCAGCUGGUGCUGGAAAUGCUGAAUAUAGCAGCUUCAAGAGUUGACAAUCCAUUCUAUGUGAACAGUGACGAAGACUCUCCUGUAUCACUCGUAAAGCUGCAUCUCAUAGCUGACAAAGAAGAAGGAUGGCUUCAGAUGAUUUCUUCGAUGGCAAACGUCAUUCCCGUCGAGAACCCCUUUGGGCCGACCGCCAUCUCAAUAUUGCUGGACGCCUGUCCUCUGCCCUCCAGAGAGUCUGUAGUCAAAGUGUCCGAAAUGUUCAAUUUGUCGAAUGAGAGGGCAAGGGCGGAACGUGCCACAAAUAGGGUCGAUCGCAACAUAUGCGUCGUGCUCGGCUGCCUCGCCGAAAAACUGGUCGGGCCUAACAGCAUUGCUAUGCUCACGACCAGAACUCUAGACUUCCUUUACACAUUGAUUGCCGAGCCUCGCGAUCCAUUGCUUUGCCUCUUCGCAAUGGUCGCCAUGGAGAAGUUCGCUCACACAAUGGAGAACAAACUCAAGAUCAAGCAAAAGUUCACACACAGAGAUAACCCUUUGGUGGGCUUGGAGAACCACUCCAACGAUGAAGAUUUUGUAUGGAGGCAGGUGGGCUUCGUUGCCGCAUGGCUCCUGGAUAAUCUAUUCAUGGUCGAGGGCAGGCAACUGUCCUUCGAAAGACAAGACAUGAGCGGCAUCAACGCCAUACUAAACUGCCGGGACGUGAGCGAAUACCUCCAGAUUGCGCCAAACGGCCUGGAGGCUAGAUGCGACUCGUAUUCGUUCGAGAGCGUUCGGUGCACAUACCAGGCUGAUGAGGGAUGCUGGUACUAUGAAGCCACAAUGAUUACACCGGGCGUGAUGCAAAUCGGAUGGGCCACUAAGAACAGCCACUUUUUGAGCGAUGAGGGCUUCGGUAUCGGUGACGAUCUGUACUCGAUCUCGUACGACGGCUGCCGCAAGCUGGUCUGGUACAACGCGAAGCCAACAGCCGUGGACGAGGUGCAGACCUGGCAGCCGGGAGACGUGCUCGGGUGUCUGAUAGACCUGAACACCAAGGAGGUGAUCUUCUCCCUCAACGGGCACAGGCUGCCGCCCUGCAAUGAUAUCUUUGAAGCUACCAGAUACGGCUUCUUCGCGGCGGCCAGCUUCAUGGCGUACCAGCAGUGCCGGUUCAACUUCGGCAAGGACCCGUUCCGGUACCCGCCGGUCGAUCGGCUCUUCGCCACUUUCAAUGAUUUCGGCAUCCUCACUGAGGAACAGAAGAUGGUGAAGCCAAAGCGCCUGUACUUGCAGCAGAUGCGCACCUCGAGCGUGAAGGAGGACUCGUGCACGCUCUGCUAUGAUGCUACAGCUUGCUGCAUCCUUGAUCCGUGCGGACACAGGGGCUUCUGCUCGGUGUGCACGUCGCUGCUGCGCGAGUGCCCGAUGUGCCGCGGCUCGAUCCUGAACGUGCGGCGCGAGCUCAUCUGACAGGCGGAGGGCGACUACGUGCCGACCUACUACAUCGACCUGCACGAGCUGGACGCCAUCGAGGAGCUGGACGAGGACGCGCCGGACCAGCUGUCCAGCGACUCCAACACCAGCCAGGACUACCUGCGCGUGCUCUCCGCCUCCCGACACUCCUCCGACCGCUCCUCGCUCGUCUCCGUGUCGCCCAUCGACUCCAAUGAUGAGGACGACUUCUUUGAUUAAGUUCAACGGAUAGGAGGGAGUGCAGCUGUGUAUUUGUUUUUUUUGGACGUGACAACGUCUUUUCAUUCGAUAGAGCCGGCUGCAAGCACGAAAAAACAUGACUCAUG